AUGGAACAAUCUUCUUUUGCCAGUUCAUCUUAUUAUGAUGUUUUCUUGAGCUUUAGAGAGGAAGACGUCCGCAAGAACUUUGUAGACCAUCUUUAUACCUCUUUAGAACAAAGAGGGAUUUACACUUUCAAAGAUGACGAGAAUCUCAAAAGGGAGAAGUCCACUUCACCGGUCCUUGAGAAGGCAAUUGAAGAAUCAUCCAUUGCUGUUGUUGUCUUCUCGGAGCACUACGCUGAUUCUACAUGGUGUUUGGAGGAACUGGUGAAGAUCAUGGAGGCGAAUGAGCAGGUGGUUGUUCCGAUUUUCUAUGGCGUGGAUCCAUCAACGGUGAGGAAACAAAAGGGCAGUUUCGCAGAAGCUUUUGCAAGACAUGAAAAGAGGUUUGAGAAUGAAGGGGAAAAGGUGAAGAGAUGGAGGGAAGUGCUGAGAGAUGUAGCCAAUUUGUCUGGAUGGGAUGUGGAGAACACUGAAAAUGGGCAUGAAGCCAAGUGCAUCCAGCAAAUAGUUGAAGAUAUCAUGGCUAAAUUGGAACAGACAGGGGAAAGUGAUGCUCCAAACCUCGUUGGAAUGGAUUGUCGUAUGCAGAAGUUAUAUUCAUUGUUAGGCUUGGGGGGUACAGAUGUUCGUUUUGUUGGAAUACAUGGAAUGAGCGGGAUAGGAAAAACAACUAUUGCAAGAGUUAUUUAUGACAAGAUGUCACUUAAAUUUGAAGGUGCGAGUUUUAUUCACGAGGUUAGAGAUCAGUCAGCAAAAUAUGGUUUAGAGCGCUUGCAACAGACACUUCUGUCUGAGGUUCUUUCCAUAAAAGAUUUAAAAAUAAACAAUGUGUUUGAAGGAAGCAAUAUGAUAAAACGAAGGCUUCGCCACAAAAGAGUGCUUAUUGUUCUUGAUGAUGUUGACCACAUGGAUCAAUUGGAGUACAUGGCUGGAAACCCUGAUUGGUUUGGAGAUGGAAGUAGAAUCAUCAUAACAACAAAGAAUAAGCACUUGCUUAUUACCCAUAAUGUUGAGUCUCUGAGACUCUAUAAAAUGAGUCUGCUAGAUAAAGGUGAAGGCUCUCAGCUGUUUAGGCAGUAUGCCUUUAAGAAGCAGCCCCCUACCAAGGAAUUUGAGGAGCUGGCUAGUCAAGUGGUGCGCCUUGCAGGUGGCCUUCCCUUGGCUCUUAAAGUUUUGGGUUCUUUCCUGUAUGGCCGAGACAUUGCUGAAUGGAGAAGAGAAGUGGUGCGGCUUAAGGAAAUCCCAGAAAAUGAGAUUUUAGAGAAGCUUAAACUGAGUUUCCAUGGUCUCAACAUAAUUGAUCAAAGGAUUUUCUUAGACAUUGCAUGCUUCUUUAAUGGGAAGAAGAGAACAUCCAUAACAAGAAUACUUGACAGUUUCAAAUUCCACUCUGCCAUUGGUAUAAAGGUUCUCACAGAGAAGUGUUUGCUAACUGUUUCAAAAGGUCGCAUUUUGAUGCAUCAAUUGAUACGAGAAAUGGGUUGGCAUAUCGUUCGCCAAGAAGCUUCACAUGAUCUAAAAAGAUAUAGUAGGUUGUGGCUACCUCGGGAUAUUUGUCAGCUAGUCACAGGAAAUGAGGGUACUGAUAAGAUUGAAGGUAUAGCAUUGAACUUCAGGGUUGUAACAGAUGUGAAAGUUAGUAGUGGAGCCUUCACACACAUGACCAAGCUCAGGCUACUCAAAUUUCACAAUGCAAAUGCUUCUGAAGCUCCUAAUUUUCUCCCCGGAGAGUUAAGGUGGCUUGAUUGGCAUGGAUAUCCUUCAAAAAAUUUGCCUGUUAGUUUUGAUGGAGAAAAGCUUGUUGGUCUUAAAAUGCAAUAUAGUCGUGUCAUACAACUUUGGAGAGGCUUGAAGGUUUUGGAAAAUUUGAAGUUCAUCAAUCUUAGCCAUUCUCAAAAACUAAUUAGGACUCCGGAUUUCACAGGAAUACCAAAUCUCGAAAGAUUGGUACUGGAAGAGUGUACGAGUUUGGUAGAGAUCCAUGCUUCGCUUGGAUUUUUGAGAAACCUUGUUUUACUGAACCUAAAGCACUGUAUAAAUCUAAAGAGGCUUCCAAAGAUUAUUCAUUUAGAAAAGCUGGAGACUCUGAUCCUUUCAGGGUGUUUGAAACUCGAAAAUUUUCCAGAAAUUGGAGGUCAUAUGGCUUGCUUGGUAGAAGUAUAUGCAGAAGCUACUGCUUUAAGAGAGUUGCCAUCAUCAAUUGAAUACCUAACAUGCCUUAGCUUGAUAAAUUUAAGCUAUUGCAAACAUCUUGCAAGUCUUCCAGGUAGCAUCUGUAGAUUGAAAAGUCUGAAAACUCUCGUUCUCUCUGGUUGUUCAAUGUUCGACAAGUUACCAGAUGAAUUGGGACAAAUGGAGUGUUUAGAAGAACUCUACUGUGAUUAUACAGCCAUCCAGAAACUACCAUCCUCCAUUUCACAUCUAAAGAAGCUCAAGAUCCUAUCAUUUCGUGGAUGUAAACCUCUGGCUUCUCGAUCACGGGGUUCAUUAUUCCUUUCUUGGCUGCUACCAGGAACUUUUCAAGAUACCAAUCCCAAAGUUUCACCCUUUCCUUCUCUAUCUGGUCUAUCUUCAUUGGCUAGACUAGAUCUUAGAGAUUGCAGUAUGUUAGAUGGAGGCAUUCCUUCUGAUCUUGGAGCCUUGUCUUCUUUGGAAGUUUUAGAUCUUGGCAAGAACAAGUUUAUUAGUAUCCCAGCUGAAACCAUCUCGCACCUCAAUCGACUUAGGGAACUUCAUCUGGCUGGCUGUGAGAAGCUUGAAGCUUUGCCAGAGCUUCCAUCAAGUAUAGAACAGGUUUAUGCAGAUGAAUGCACAGCCUUGAAAGGGAACAUAGAUAUAUUUACAAAAUGCCCGAAGUUGUUCCGCGUUUCGUUCACUAAAUGUGAUCAAAUACUUGAGGAUCCCCGUUACAGUCACAUGAUUGGUGCAAUAUGGCAACACCUUCUCAAGGGACUAUCUUUGGUAGACGAUGAUGUUUGCAUCUGUUUUCCGGGCACUGUGAUUCCUGAGUGGUUUACCUACAAGAACUGGGGACCUUCAAUUUCAGUGGACCUGCCUCAAAAUUGGUACAAUAACAAAUUUAUGGGAUUUGCAUUCUGUGCUGUUUCUGACUUGAUAAAAACUACAUCAUCUGAGAGUUAUGGUAGUUUGAGUAAAACAUAUGGAAUUGACGUGGAUUUUAGCUUCAAAACUGGUAGUGGCCGUAAGACAAAUCAUGGAUUAAGGAUUGGGUAUAUGGGGACUAAACAGAAUGCGGACUGUGAGCUCACUUGUCUGGCCUUUGUGUCAUUUGAUGUGUUUUGGGCAUCCUACAGUCAUGAGGUUCACAGUCCUAAUGAAUGGUGUGAAAUUGAGGUUUAUAGUAAUGACCUCACCAUGGUAUAUACAGGUUUUGGAAUGCGGCUUGUGUACGAGGAUGAUGUUAAAGAGAGUGAUAAAGAUGUGAUGAUGAUCCAUACUAGCUCUGGCUCCAGCUCCAGCUCGUCUCAAUCUGUUGGGAAGAUGGGAUUAUUUCCUGCAAUCUUCGAUGGAUCAUGGUAUGCAAAGAAGAAAAGAGCUUGUUUUCGUUAUGAUGUUCAAUUCUCUCGCCUCCCACCAGAGGCAUUUCUGGAUUCCUGAUCAAUUUUCAUACACAUCUUUCACUAAUCAUAUUUGCUUUGCAUUAGCGUUUAUGACCUCACUACCUUCAACUUAUUUAUGACCUCUUAAACCCCUGCUUCUUAUUUUAUCAAAUUGUCAACUCAAGUUGCUCUUUCCACUUUAAAUAGCCACUCUCAAGCUUACAGUCACAGAGGGGACUUUUGUCCAAUAUAUGUUCUUCUUGUUUUUUAA